AUUUAAUAUACAAGAAUGAUUAAAUAAAUAAAUUGAAUAUGGAUUUUAAAAUAAAAGAACAUUACUUGGACCAGAAAUAGAGAGAGCUAAACUUAAAUAUAAUGGAGAUUAGAAUACAAAAAAGUAAUUAGAAGAGAAAUUACAAGUUUAUCAACACUUACAUAAGGAGCUAUGAACAUUUGAGAGAAUAUAUUAAAUAAGGUUGAAUAAAAAGCAAAAACUUUAGAGAAAGAAAAACAAUACUUUACUUUAACAGCAGUGUCUGAUGAAUUAAACUUAACAGAUUAAGGUGAUCAGGAUUUUGAUUAAGAUUAGUAAGAUAAUGAGGGUAAGAGAACUAUGUUAGUAUUUUAGAUAGAAGCCUUGAAAUAUAAAUAAUAAGUAGGUGAGAAUAAAUUUUAAGAAU